UGUGAAUAAGCUUAAUAAAUCUCUGUAAAUGUUUAUUAUUGAAAUGAUCAUGUAGUUUUAUAGACAUUCAUACUGUAAACGCGACCUUUUUAACGCCAAUUCUGAUGGCGUUUCUUAAAAGCGUAAUCUAUGGAUUUUCAAUCUGUUGGUUGGCUGAAUUCUUAAUCUGUUCUGUAGAAGCGGCCGGGAAAAUCCAUCGUGCUGGUCCAAGACCCAAAACUGGUGUGGAUGCAGACGAAUUCUCCGGCGAUUUGUCAGCCGAUUACAACCCUUGGUUUUAUGCUAUCUGUGGGACAAUGUUAGUUGGCCUUACGGGGAUAUUUCCUUUGUUAAUUAUUCCCGUGGAAGCCGGACAUAAGCUCAGUGAAGGAGGUAGAUUUGUUUUAUAUAUUCUAUUUAUUGUAAUCGUAGGCAUUUAUAUUAUAUAGCGCACUAAGGGAUUAAUUUACGAUGUAAUAUAUUCUCUUGUGAAUUGAUCUUUUGUCAGCCAAUUCAUAUUAAGGAUUCCUUGUGUAAACGAGCUAUGUGCGUCAAACCAAAUUCAAACUGUCUACCACAAUAAACCUAUAAACCACGUCGAGAUAUUGUCUAUGUAUUAAUAUGGAAUUCAAAUAUGUAACAAAUAUUGUGUCACUUUAUAUAUUUUCCUUCGAAAGAUACCAAAGUCUUUGCAUUGAGGUUUAUAUUUGGAAGCUUUUCUAGGUUUUUACAGUAAUAAAACGUGUCCUGUACAAUUCUUAUAGUAGUUACAUGUAGUCUGAGGCGAAUUGUCUGAGAUUACAGAUCAUUUCAAGUCAAAUUUUACUUUUUUCACAUGACAUAGAUUGUUUGUGUGAUGUUACUCUGAGUGUAUAUCCACACCGGGCAGGCUUGAAAAAUAUGCUUGAAAAAAUAUGCUUGAAAAAUAUUCCAAAGGUCGUAGGUUCGAAACCCGCCGUGGCCAGGCAUAUUUUUCAAGCCUGCCCGGUGUGGAAAUACACUCAGAGUAACAUCACACAAACAUCUUAUUCACCUGAGUACAUUACACCAACACAGCAGAUUUCAUGACAUAGAUUGUUAUUACAAGCAUGUUGUGUAAAUAAUGAUUGGUUUAUCCGGGCGUUUUUGAUCACGUUUCCCCCUCUUUCUUGGAGGAUAAUUAACCUGUUUCACUACCGAGGGAUCUUAAAUUGCCCAGUUUAUUUAAUUUUGACUUCCUUAGCAUGCUAAUGUGAUUUUACCCACGGACCAGGCUAUCAAAUAAUAUUCCUUCUCGACAGCAUGUCUGGUAGCAUCUAAAUAUUACUGUAAUUGUAUUCAAUAAGAGGUAUAGGGUGAUUUAAAUGGGCUAAAUGUACAUAUACUACAGUAUGCCAAAGGAAAUUAAAAUAAAUCACAGGCUUUUCAAAAAUACAGUUGCAGUCCAAUAUAUUCCUCUUUCCUUCCUAUUUCCUUCAGCAUUAAAGAAAUAUAUUCAUUAAUUUCAUGCUUCUAUAGUUUUAAAGUAUCCACUUAUAAAUGAUAAUGUAUUCAUUUUAGUACUUGUUUGUAAAUGAUUGGCUGUUGCUGUUUUAUCACCCAGACAUCAAACAGAUUUUAUCUUUUUUAAUAUUUUAAAAUCUUAAAAUAAAUUAAUCUACAAUUUGAUCAAGUUUCAUUAAUUUGUGAUAUCCCAGUUGGACAGCUGUGUGUACUGCAAUAAAAUGAAAACAUUUAAUUACAAAUAAUUUACAUGUAAACAUUGAAUAUAAUUAGCAUAUACUUCUUGCCCUCUCUGUCUUGGUUUGUAUUAAUUGGAUUGUUUGACAGAUUCACUAAUCUUCUUCACAAGUAAAAUUUUCUGGCAAGUUAUACAUCACAUGCCAGAACCCCUUUUAGUGAGUGAUAAAUGUCAUGCAAAGGUGGAUGCAUCCCCCCCCCCCCCCACUUUUUGGACAUUCGUAAUAUAAUCUGCAAUAAAUUAUGUCUGUUGGCCAGUUCCUUCCUCCACCCACCCCCACAUUUUGGAAUGGAUUUUCACGACACAAAUGCUGAGUUAACUGCAUGGUAUGGUUAUUUUUAACCCUGGUACCGGGCUAUAAAGUUAUAUUUACUUCUGGCUAACACCAGACAAUUUUACCCUGUUCAAUUUCAGUAUCGGCAGACAGACUGAAGUUAUUGUUAAGUUUUGCUGUUGGUGGAUUACUGGGUGAUGUAUUCCUGCACCUGUUGCCAGAAGCAUUUGGUCCUGUUAAUGCAGGUAAACUAGUGUUUUUCUUCACAGAUUUCCUUCAUAAACCUUUUGAAAUACAUUUUAAAACAAAUGACUUAAUUCCAGUUCCAAUAUGUACAUUGUUAUGAAAUAAAAUUUUUAUUGCCUUCAGGCAAUAAAAAUUUUAUUUCAGAACAAUGUACAUAUUGGAACUGGAAUUAAGCCCUAACACUCUCAUGCUUACUGAACUACUGCUACCUGACUGUAUGUUUCAGAAACAGCUCAUGAUGAUAACCUAAGGAUUGGUCUCUGGAUAAUCGGAGGUAUUUUAACAUUUCUGGUUCUGGAGAAAAUAUUUAAAGAGGAAUCUGAAAAGGAACCAAAAUGUGAAGCUAAAGAGGUUAUUAGAAACACAUUUAUUUUUUUAUUAUAAAAUUUAACCAAAUAAUGUUAAAAUUAUUAUAAACUGUAACCCUUUGACAAGUAAAAUUAUCUGGCAUUAAACAUAGGAGUUGGGCUCAUUAGAGCACAUUAUGGCUUUCUUAUUAUCUCUACCUUGAUCUCCACCAUAAUUUCAGGUAAAAAUGGACUGUGUGGUACUGGGAACUGAAAACAUCCUGAGGCUCCUGGUUUAGUGAAAAGGGAUAGACUCGGCCCUCACUGUAUGGCCGAUGCAGACAAUAGGCCUCUUCGACCUACUUACCAGUUCUCUUUUACCUUGUUUUUGCUAUUUGUUUGUCUAUCGACCAUUACAUCAAGACAUCAAGUACCUUUUAAUUGUGGUAUUCAUAGAAAAGUGAAGAAGCAGACGGUCAUGUUUGUAAUGGGUCAACCACGGUCGUAAAUGGCUCCACCAAACAUCAAGAUUCUGAUGUGAGAAAAAGAGUGAAAGAGUCAAAUGAUGCUGAUAAAACUAAAGAAUGUUCACAUGAAGAAAAUCAUGUCCCAUCAGGAAAGAAAGAAAUUAAGGUUUUAUUUUGUACUGGUAUCUUUUGAGGGUGUAAUACUUCGUACAACUGGCCCCUGGUGAAGAAUUUGAAAUGACAUGCAUCCAACUCUGGGUUUCUAAAAGUUUCUAAGGUACUAUAUAAUGUUGACUUACUUGAUAUGUAAAAUACCUUAUUAUGUUUUUAAAAUGAACUUGUAGGUUAUUGGUUACCUCAAUCUCCUUGCUAACUGUAUUGAUAAUUUUACACAUGGGCUGGCAGUCUCGGGAAGUUUCCUUGUCAGUAAAAAGGUAACAAUAGAAUCUUUUACACUUUGCUGUAGUGUGUAGGUAGUCCCCCAGCAAAAAAUGUCGUUUCCAAAAUUUCUAUGAGUUAUGAUGUGCUGAUGGAAUAACCAGGCCUUGGCCGGCAAGGCGCAUUUGAUCCAGCGUGCGUGCCUCAAAAAUGUUUGCUCAUUCCUUUUGUCGAGUGUCUUUUUCGAUUACAGAAACUUUGAUAGUGUAAACCAGCCAUUACUAAAUGCAGGCAUUUUCCAUUAUUGUUUUUUAGGUUGGCCUCCUUACAACAUUUGCAAUCCUUUUACAUGAAAUUCCCCAUGAGGUGACAAGAAUAUAGUCUUUAAUUUUUUUAUAACGAAUAAAAACAUAUCGCUUGUUCACUUUGGUGCAGUUUUCGGACAAGGAAACUUAUGUUAGAAAUUUUCCCAAAUAUAGAUUGGUGAUUUUGCCAUUCUUCUGAAGUCUGGAUUCAGACGGUGGGAUGCAGCAUGGGGACAGGUGAGCUUUUAAUUCAGAGUGCAAUAAUAAUGGUUAUUGAUGUGAGUGCAAACCAGUUUUAUCUAGAUGUUUUUUAGAUGAUUUUUUAUGUACCCUUCAUUUUAUGUACCCUUCAUUUCCCCAAACAUUCACAUAACUUUAUAUUCCCAAAUCACUCUUUAGAUUGUGACAGCUACUGGUGGUUUAGUUGGUGCUGUCUUUGGAUUAGUUUUUGCUGAAGCUGGUGGGUAUACUGUAUGACAAUAAUUCAUUCAAUGAUUGAAGAGUGCUAGUCCUUACCCCCACCCCACACCCGUAUCCACCAAUUUGUUUUAUCAAAUUGUAAAAUCUAUUUGUGUAAAAUGUAUAGGUGAUUCAACAUGUUGGGUGCUACCAUUCACAUCUGGUGGUUUUAUAUAUAUUGCAUUGGUAACCAUUGUCCCUGAAUUACUAGAAGAGAAAAGACCAUGGUAUGUGACUCAGGUUAUUGGUUUACAUUGUAACAAACACUGCAGGUUGUCUCUGGACAGUCUUGUGUCCUGCUAUAGCCUCUAGAGACAACAGUUUAAUUUUAAAACUAAUAAAGUUAUCGAGUAACAACAAUUUAGUUUAUAUAUACACAAACGGUCUGUGCGAGCUUAGGUAGUAACAAAAACAGCAGAGAAAUGCAGGUGGAUUAGACUACCUGAAAAAUACAAGGAAAACUUCAACGUUUUGAGCAAAGGCCCUUCAUCAGGAAGUUAGUUGGUGACAAAGGGCCUUCCCUUGAAGAAAUGUCGAAGACCUGCACUUUUCAGGUACAGUAGUUGAAUCCAUCUGCAUUUCUCUAAAUAUUAUAUAAGUAAUUAUAAUAUGUUUCAAGUGUAAUUUGGAGAAAAAUCCAUGAAUCUUAGCCAAUACACCCUUUCGAUAAUUACGUCAUAACUACACUGUUUUCAACUUAGGACCACCUUAAAUGGAAAGGAUUUCAAGUUUUUUUCUCAUGGGCUAUGCACAGAUAAGCAGAACAUCCUUCUUCAACACAUGCGUGAAAAAAAAUUUUGGAUUUUGAUCAAUAAAUGUGGAAAUAAGCUGUAACGCGAAAACGAGGCUCCAGGUCAUGACCUGGAACCUUGUUUCGUGUUAAAGCUUAUUUCCACAUUUAUUGGUCAAAAUAAAGAAUUAUUUUUCAUGCAUGUGUUGAAGAAGGAUGUUCUGCUUCUCUGUGCAUAGCCCAUGAGAAAAAAACUUGAAAUCCUUUCCAUUUAAGGCAGUCCUAAGUUGAAAACAGUGUAGUUAUGAGUUAUGACGUAAUUAUCGAAAGGGUGUAUUGGAAUCGAGACAUUUUUGCAUGUAUAUUAUUAACAGACAGUAAUAAUCAUUGAUUUAACAUUUUGUUUAUUCCAGGGAAUCAAUGAAACAACUAAUAUGUCUUAUAACUGGAAUCACUUCGAUGGGCCUGGUGUCUCUUAUACACUGAAUUGGACAAAUGAUUAAAAUAUAUUUUGUAAAUUAGAGUAAAUUGUAUGUAGAUGAAAAUGUAGAAAUUAAUUUUAGAAUAAACGAAGUUGCGUUGAAGCGUGAUAAACAUGAGCCAGUUUAAUGGCAUUGCGUUCAAAUAGAACAUCUAUAACCAAUCAGAGAGCUUUAUUACAAUCAUCCAAUCAGGAGACAGAGUCAGGAUCUGACCCUAAUUCAAACUGAUUGGCGCGGCUCAAUGAAUCAAUUGCCGCUUUCAACCAGAGGUUUAUUUUUCCUCUCCCCUUUGCAAUCAAAAUAAUAAAAAUAAACCUCUGGAACCAGGGUAUCGAAUCACAUACUAAUACUUUAUAUAUAACAAUUAAUAUACAUAUAAAGUAUGUAUAUAUUGUUUCGUUAGCAUUGACAAACGACCAAAUACGCUGGCACAGAUCGAGUUAAAAUGUACACCCUUUGGGGCAGGUACAAUAUUAUUCCCUGUAUAGGUCCGUAUUUUAUACGGGGCUAGAAUAAUCAUUGAACAUAUUUCCCAAUAAGUUAAAAUGCAUUGUCAACGUAUGGAUGAAAAUUCUUGCAGUAAAGUAAACUGUUCCAAAUUUGUGACAGCAAUACUUUUUCUCACGUCUGCGGUAAUAUUGCGUACCUAAAAAUUGAUUAUAUUAAGAUAUUUUAGAAAGACAUCUAG